AUGUCCUCGCCAGCCGAUCGAGUCAAAAACUUGCUCGCCGAAGCGAUAAAACCAGAGAAACUGAACGUCGUAGACGAAAGUGGAGGAUGUGAAGGAUUCAAGUUCCGAAUUCUGAUUAUCGCUGAAGCUUUCGCAGGGAAAAGAACCCUUCAGAAUCACCGAAUAGUUCAAGAAGCACUGGCUCCGAUUAUGAAGGAAACACAUGCAUUGACAAUCUGCGCAUACGCACCUGAAAAGUGGAAUCAGAUGACUACAGAGGAUCGUGAAGUCCAUGGUCUCUCUGCUUCUUCCACACUGUCACUUUCAGGAAAUUCAGGCAAUAUGUUCAUUGCGUGGGCUGUUUCUGCAUUUCAGAACAAAACAGCAGACGAUGAUGACGAAGAAUACGUUGAAUUCCCAAUCGAUGUACGAUUGGAACAGAAAUUCCAUUCUGCGUCGGCACGAUUAGUCGAGUUGCGAUUCCAGCUCGAUAAGAAGAUUCUGCUGAAAUUUUACGGAUUAUACAAACAAGCGACAUCGGGGCCUGCAGAUCCGAAGGAUGGACCGCACUGGUAUGAAACGGAAGCGCGAGUGAAGUUCAACGAAUGGCUUGGACAUCGAAAAAUGAAUCGAGCGAUUGCGAUGGAAAAGUAUUGUGAACUAUUGCAAGAGAUCGAUGAGCAAUGGAAUCCGGAUGUCGAGGGUCCCAAACAAACUUGGAACAAAGUUCCCAGUACUAUGGAAACAAUUGAGCCAGAAAUGUUCGAUGACGUUGUGGUGAAAACUCCGACUCGAUUGGAAACUGAAGAGGAGAAGGAAUGGUUUGCGGCGAUGAGAGAGAAUAAUAUUCAGGCAAUGCAAAGGCUUCUUGAUGCGAAUCCCGAAAUCAUCGAAGCUAAGGAUCAACAUCUGGGGAUGACUGCGUUACUUUGGUCUACUGAUCUUGGCUGUGAACGAUCUUUCAUGUGGCUUCUGGACGAAGGAGCUAAUGUGCAUGCUGUUGAUGAAUGCCUUCAGACACCACUUCAUUUUGCCGCUCAAUGUAGUCGUCCGUUCUUCGCCGAACUUCUUCUUCAGGCUGGAGCCAACGUGAAUGCACUCGAUUCGGACGGUCUGAUUCCUGCCGAAUGUUGCGUCGACGAGGAACUCAAACAGAAACUGACUCCGUGUCUCGAUUAG